UCAUGGAAUCAAUGGAAGUGAAAGCGUGAAACAGCAGAAAGAGAAAGGAAGGGCAGAGCAGAGCAGAGAGCUCUCGGAGUGAAGGUGAAAAAGCGACAAUGGCGUGUAUGCACGAUCACAGCUGCGAGGACCACGAUUGCUCCUCCAAUUGGUCUCUCUACAAGCACAUCGACCUCUCCAAGGUAUCAGCAUUAAAUGAAGCUGUUCCUGGAAGUGUAAAGUCAGUGUUUAAAGCUUGGGAGCAGCGUCUUAAUUCUUCCGAGGGGCACUUAGAAAGCAACGAUGGUGAUCCUGAGUUACUUGUUUUCAUUCCCUUCACGUCAGAUGUUAAAAUCAAAAGCAUUUCUGUUGUUGGGGGUGCUGAUGGAACUAGCCCGUCAAAGUUGAGGGUGUUUAUCAACCGAGAAGGUAUUGACUUCUCAGAUGCACAAAGUAUGCAAGCUGUACAGGAAUGGGAUCUGGUAGAAAACUUGAAUGGGGCCUUAGAAUACCAGACGAGAUAUUCUAAGUUUCAAAGCGUAGGCAAUAUCACUUUGCAUUUUCCCGACAAUUUUGGGGGCGACACAACUCAGAUACACUAUAUUGGAUUCAAAGGAGAGGCCACUCAGCUGAAGAGGGACGUGGUUGCAACAAUUGUAUACGAGCUGAUGCCAAACCCCUCUGACCAUAAGACAAAGGCUGAAAGCGGUGGCGGUCUAUCGCACAUUGAAUGAUGGAAUCACUCUAUUCCAGACAAGAGUUGAUGAUGUUGCCUAACUGAGGUUGUUUGAUUCCUUAGUCCACAGGCGGCUUUCUUCAAUAGCAUAAUCUCCCGGGAGCUUGAUCCUGUUUGUUUAAACUGUACAAAUUUUCAACCAAACCAAACUUUGAAGCAGCUUAUGUAAUCGCAAUUAUCAGCUAUCUGUAAGAUAGUGUUUGUCAUCUUCUGCAAA